GGUAACGGUCUCCUGGAGAUGGUAAUUAAUUGGUAAUUACCGUCACAAGGAAAAAAAGGAGCCAAGUAAAAGUGGAGGAGGAAAAAAAAAUAAAAAAAAAAGAAAAAAAAAAGAGGAAAUCCACCCGUUCCAACGACAGAUUCCUCAGGCCCGUUGGACGAAGCAAAAGAGCUCGUCGCAUCGUCGAUGACCCUUCUUCCCUCGAUCUUUCCGGACCCCCCCCCAUUCCCUUACCAUCUACCAUAAUCCUCCCCCCUUCCCUUUUUAUCCUCCCCAUCUCUAUCCUCAAUCUUGUGUAUUGUUAUUAUCUAUUCCAACCUAUUCUCCAGUUCUUUUCUGAUUAGUUUUUGUUCUACUGUUUUUAUUUUGCUCCCAACCUUGACUCUCCUUUCCCUAUUCUUUGCCCCUUCCUCGACACUCCUUCUCGCCUCCCCAACUUCUCGCGCCGCUUCCACCACCACCCAAAAUAAUAUCAUCAUGCCUUACAACACCCGUCGCAAGUCACUAUCUCUUCCUUCACUCGGCAUUCACCUCCCCAACUCGUCGCGCCGCUCUCCCUCCAUCUCAAAAUCUGCUGCGACCGACGAUGUUCCGCCUACCAAAAAAGUGAAGAGGUCGCACACCUCAUUAUCACCCGAGCCUUCCACGGACCGCCGGGAAUCUGUCGUGCGCGCUGGUCGGCACGGAGCGUUCGAGCACACACCGCCACCUUCCCCAAUGGAUGGGGGCGUCGCUCCGAAAAUUGAUACCCAAGGCAUUAACGAUGAUAUCGUCGUCGCGGUCAUCGAACAAUUGGAGAAGACUGGAAAUCGCCCUCACCUUGUGAAGGAGUUGGCUGCAGUGCUCGUGACGUUGAACUCGACUGUCGCAAAUUCUGCGAAUCCUGCUGCCCUCCUCUCCUCGCGGCUAGCGGCUUAUAUGAAGCGUCCCUGGACGGCUCUUUCGCCAUGCCCCAUGGCCAAAGAGUUGAUUCUCAUUCACCCGCGCAAAGUGUAUUAUUAUCUGACAACCUUCCCUCGUCAGCCCAUUCCCGAUCCCUCCGAUGAUCUUAUCUUGGGUGUCGAUGGCAAACAAAUUACGCCCAGCGUUUCAAGUCUGGAUCAAGACGACGUAGACAUGAUCGCGCGCCAGCGCAGUCCUAGUCCCGAAGUGGAUCUGUCGUCGCCCGACUUUGAAGAGAACCAAGAUGUUGAUCUUGACAAUCCCGCGGGCCGGGGAACUUCUUCCGACCAGUUCCCAGACCCAUCAAGCCAUACUCGCCUAAUGCACUCGCACCGUGCGGCUUCCCCGCCCCUGGAGGGCGACGAGAAAGAAUUUACUCAGACUGCCAGUGCGGUGCGCGAGCGUGCUUCUGAAGAAAAGGCCAACCAAUCGGCUCGGAGCCUCUCCGUCCUGUCCGAGGGCCUCAGCUCGAUAAACGAGGAGAUGAGCAUCUCCAAUUCUCCCGUGAACGGUGGCUCGCUCUCCCCGGCUGGUGACCGCAUGUCCGAACAAGAGUUCAGUGAUUACUUUUCUCACAUGAGCCCCGCCGAUCAAAUCGGCGCGGACUUAGACGAGGCCGCUGCCGCCGCAUUGUUUGGCACGUCGCCCUCUCCCUCACUUACCUCCCUGGCAUCGUCAGUCUCGUCUGGCACGAGCGUCGAUGUCGGAUUGGAUGCGGAGGAACGGGCUGGCAUACUCCCGGCUGCUCCCCAGAUUAGUCUCCCCGACGUGGCUCCCGUCUCAACUCUUAAGCGAUCGCUCGAUAUGUUGAACAGCGGGCUCCCCGAUGUGGAUUUGAAGAUGUCCGAUCUGACUGAGUCGCAUGAGAAGCUCAGCUUGGGUCCCCGGUCUUUUACCGGCAUGGACGUCCCCGAGCCCAUUUUUGACUCCUGGAGAGAGCUGCAGAACCCGGAGACUGUGGAAGUAGACGAGCUGGAUGAGAUGUUUGGCGAAAUCUAAACAUCACAUAUCGCAUACCAUCUUCUUUACCCUGCAUCUCCGGUCAGCUUGCGUUGCGUGCCUUCCAUUCCUCCCACCAUCCUAGUCCUCCAACUUUUGUCUCUCUCUAUCUCUCCACUCUCGGUCGGCCUGAGAGCCACCGUCGUCGUUAUACCCCCCUCUUUUUUUGGACCCUUGUAUAUGUCGGCUCUCAUCUCCUAUGCCGUACUCUUUUACUCCUUUUGGCUAAUUCCUUCUCACUGUAUAUAUACAUUUUUGUUGACUUUUUGGGAACUUUUUGAUCUUGCCCUGGAUGGGUAGAAGGAAGAUUUACGGAAAUUAUAUCGGGAUCUACUGGGGUCUUUUUAUAUAAAAGAAGGACAAAAAGCGACUUGAUUUCUUGUAUGCUUUAGGCGUCAUGCAAAACCAAAACUCGCGAAGUUUUCUUCGCAUUUUGAUUAUUGUCUCGUGAAA